GCAGCAGCCCUGGUAAACCGGACUGACCUUCCUCUGCGCGGCCUCGUCGCUCGUCCCGGAGACAGACGAGGACCUUGACUGUUCCUCAUCGGAUUGAUUCUUCUGUGAUUUGUCCUCUGCAGCCAUGCCCUCGACACCGGAGGUCCCCACAGCGGAGGAGCUGAGUGUGAACGAGAUCAAUGUGUCAUCUGCAGUGCUGAAGGCUGCUGCUCACCAUUAUGGCUCCCAGUGUGACAAACCCAACAAGGAGUUCAUGCUCUGUCGCUGGGAGGAGAAGGAUCCCAAGAAGUGUCUUGAAGAAGGGAGGAAAGUCAACGAGUGUGCACUCAACUUCUUCAGGCAAAUCAAGGGGAGCUGUGCCGAGUCAUUCACAGAAUACUGGACCUGUCUGGAUUAUUCGAACUUGGCGGAGCUGCGUCAAUGUCGCAAGCAGCAGCAGAGCUUCGACAGCUGCGUCCUGGACAAGCUGGGCUGGGAGAGACCUGAUCUGGGAGACCUGUCUAAGGUGACCAAAGUGUCGACCCCGCGGGCCAUCCCUGAGAACCCUUACCACUCUAGACCACGUCCCGAGCCCAACCCGGUCAUCGAGGGCAAGCUGGAACCUUCCAAACAUGGCAGCAGGUUAUUCUUCUGGAGCUGGUGAGGCAGCACCAGAAACAUCAGUCACCUUCCAAAGCCAUGGGCUCUGUCCAAACUCCACUGGACUACAUGUGACCACUGAUACACCUGUGUUACUAUAAAGGUUUAAAUCUCCCAGGUUCAGACCCAAACAUUAAAGAUGCUGUUUCUUGGCACGUUUAUGUUGGUGAGGUCUGAAAGUGGAUUUUGGACAGAGCUCAUGUCCUAACAGUGUCUCAGCAGCCUACUGAACCUCCAGCAUCCUCACAGUUUGAUGAAGGAAGGAUGGAUGGAUGAUUGUGUGAGAAAAGUCCAUGAAUCCAUUCAGCCUUCCUGACCACAUAUGUAAAUGUAAUGAGUGAACAAAUGCAACAUGCUGUUAUUGUUGUCAACUAAUAAAAGAGAUAAAUUAUA